GAACCAUUUCCUUUUACAUCUCUCUCCAUGUUUCCUCUCCUUUACUCCGCUCUUUGAUCCUUCCCUUCUGUGUACUUGAGAUUUUCCCCGGAAAAUUUCUUUGUGUUUUCCGUGCGGCCAAUCACUACUCUUCGCUGUCGGCUGCUUCUCGACCUCCGGGAGACUUUUCCUCUUUAGUUAAUCGCCGAAACCAGAGUGCCUGUUGAGAGAUAGAGAGAGCUACUUCCUCUUCUUCUGCUGCUGCUACUUCACCUUUCCUCCCGAGUAGUGGAGAUCGGAUUCUAUUUUUUCUCAUAGAUUUGCGAAUCUGAGGCUUCAAAUCGGAAGAUUAGGUCCAGUUCCAUGGCUGCUUCUCAGGAUCAAGUUCAGGAAGCUGACAUGUCGGGUUCAGGAGGUGAAUGCUACGACGACAAUGGUGGGGAGCAAUUGAUGGAAUUGAAUUCAUUUGGGGGUCUUCAGCAGACUCCCAAAUUGAGGAAGCCUUAUACUAUCACUAAACAGAGGGAGAAGUGGACGGAGGAGGAACACCACAAGUUCCUUGAAGCUCUCAAGUUGUAUGGCCGUGGCUGGCGUAAGAUUCAAGAACAUGUAGGCACCAAAACCGCUGUUCAAAUUCGAAGCCAUGCCCAAAAGUUUUUCUCCAAGGUGGUGCGGGAGACUACUGGUGUUUCAGAGACCUCCUUGAAGCCAAUUGAGAUACCCCCUCCUCGUCCAAAGAGGAAACCGUCGCAUCCUUAUCCUCGUAAAUGCAUUGAUGCUCCUGAAAGAUCCGAGUCCCCAAGUUUGUUGGCCAUGGAGAAUGGAAACCAUUCUCCUACCUCUGUCUUGUCUGUGGUUGCCUCGGAGGCAUUGGGCUCUCCAGCUUCGGGGUUGCUAAAUCACUGCUCUUCGCUGACCUCAUGUACCAGCGAUGUUCAGUCCUUCAGCUUAUUACCUCAUGAGAAAGAUAGUGGGACCUUUGUAUCAGAUGUCUCUCCCCCAAUGACCGAAACGUCUCUAACGAAUUCGGAGGAUGGCUCCAAGAAUCCAUCUUUCUCUGAAGUAGAGGCAGCAGUCCCAAUGGCACGUUCCAAGAGCUUCAAGUUGUUUGGGAGGACGGUGUUGGUUACAGAGUCUGAGAAGUAUGUGGCAGCGGGCAGCCAACCAAGUGUUGACAUCAACCUUGAUAAUGCCGAACAGAAGUCCUCAGACAUCAAAUUGUCACUGGGUUUAGCGAACCAUGACUGUAAUUGGUUGCCUUCGUCUCGUCUCCACAUGGAGGUUAAGGGAGAGAACACUGGCAUCUCAGAAGCUGCUUGUUCAAUACCACCAUUGACUUUAUUUGAUGCACUGUCGAAGAGUCCUCUGCAGUCAUUUACGGGGGACAAUUCAAAGGAGAAGGAUGUCGUGGAGGAAAGGUCUUCUUCCGGCUCAGAUGCAGGAUCAACAAGUGAAGUAGAGAAAAGAGGGAGAUCCAUGGACGUAGGGGAGUCCCAAUGCCAAAUAUUACCCCGUGUGGAGGAAAUGUUUGCCAGUAGUGUGAGGAGCAAUUCGACGAGGGGUUUUGUGCCAUACAAGAGGUGCCUAGCAGAGAGGGACAUGAAAUCGUCAUUGGUUGCUUCGGAAGAGCGAGAGCAGCAAAGGGCUAGAGUUUGCUCUUAGCCCUUAAUCUCUCCCAUUUGCCCUUUGUGUAUAAAGGUUGAAGAAGAGGAGCUAAUUUUGAUGGCGGUGAAGGCCCUGAAGGAGCUAUGUAGUUAACGUUAUAGAGACCCUGUAGAGCAGAAAACUGAUUUUUGGUCUUUAUAGUCUCUUCAAUUGAAGCAGCGGCUUGCAAAAGUUGGCGGCUUUUAGCACAGAAGAGGAGACGGCAAAGAUUUGUGUGAUGAUAGUGUGGAUACAGGAGAGCUCCCCUACUAAUUGUAAAUUAUUCAUCGCUAAGGUUCUGUUUGCUGCAGAAGCUGGAUGAUCGGAUCGAUCUUCUCUUGGUCCUGCGCCUGCUGUUGCUGCUACGAGUUUAGGGCCGGAAAAGUCCUGCAAUUUAACUUCAGCUGUUUUGGCUCGAAUAAGUUGAUCUGUUGGCUUUGUUCGCCAAGUUUGACUUCCCUUUUUCUUGAAUGAUCCUUUGUUGCAUACCAUAACUCCCUGUGUUUUCAUUUCUUCAGCCUACUGUUGUUACAUUCUUAGCCUUCCUCUCUCUCUCUCUCUCUCCUCAGGUUGUUCCUUCAGAUUCAGAACACUUUCAGAAUCCUUUUCCAGUUGUGUAUGUACCAGUUUUGCGCGUUCCGAGUUUCGUAUUACACCCUUCAUGUUGUUUGUUGAAACUCUUGAACGAUGGUUCUGUUGAGGGCAGCUUGUCAAAAGAAUAGGAGCUGAUUAUGGAGAUGAUA